AUGUUGGAGAUUAUGUGGAGGGACCCUGGAACUCCGGCUGAUUCUUAUUAUGAGGUGCGGCCUGAUUGCGCUGAUGUUCCUGAAAGCAAGUUUAGAAUCAAGGCUGGCAAAACUUUAAGUGUCCGAAAAUGGAAAGCUGCUUUCUCCCCGGAAGGUCAUCUUGAUAUAGGCAAAACACUCGGUCGAAUUCACCGUGGGGGGAUUCACCCAACAAUUAGAGGUGAAGUUUGGGAAUUUUUAUUGGGUUGUUAUGAUCCUAUGAGCACUUAUGAGGAACGAGUGCAAAUACGACAAAGUCGAAGAGCGCAAUAUGAUAGCAUGAAGAAAGUUUGUAAACAUAUGUUUCCCUUGAUUGGAAGCGGAAGAUUUGUUACUGCGCCAAUAAUCACAGAAAAUGGUGAACCUACGCAAGAUCCUAUUGUACUUCAGCAAAUUAAUCUUGGUUCAAAAAAUGAUGUUUCAACUGAACAACCACCAUGUAAUGGUCCUAUGGACAAGAAAGAGAUUAACUGGAAACUUACAUUACAUCAAAUAGGACUUGAUGUGGUCCGCACUGACCGAACACUAGUGUUUUACGAGAAGCAAGAAAAUUUGUCGAAACUCUGGGAUAUCCUAUCUGUCUACUCUUGGUUUGAUUCAGAUGUCGGGUAUUGUCAAGGUAUGAGUGAUCUUUGCUCUCCAAUGAUUGUUCUUCUUGAAGACGAAGCAGAUGCAUUUUGGUGCUUUGAACGUCUAAUGCGUAGAUUGAGAGGGAAUUUCAGGUGCACUGACAGCUCUGUAGGAGUGGAGUUGCAACUUGUUAAUCUUGCUUCAGUAACACAAGUUGUUGAUCCUAAACUUCAUCAGCACUUAGAAGCCCUCGGUGGGGGAGAUUAUCUAUUUGCUUUCCGAAUGCUUAUGGUAUUGUUCCGUCGAGAAUUCUCUUUUGGUGACUCGUUAUACCUUUGGGAGAUGAUGUGGGCCUUGGAGUAUGAUCCUUAUUUAUUUACCAUGUACGAGGAUAGUGAUUCUGGUUGUGAAAAAUCAGAGAAAUCUAAAGACAGGGCAAAGUCGAGAAGGCAAUGCGGAAAAUUCGAAAGGGAAAACAUGAGAAAUGGAGAUAUUGCUCCUCUCCCAAUCUCAGUUUUUCUUGUAGCCAGCGUCCUCAAGGAAAGGAGUACAAAGUUGCUGACAGAAGCCCGCGGCUUAGAUGAUGUGGUGAAGAUUCUAAACGACAUUACUGGUAACCUCGAUGCUAAAAAGGCUUGCACUGGUGCCAUGAAACUCCACAAGAAAUAUCUGAAAAAGGCAAAAGCUGCAGGACAGAGCGCGAAAGUGUAG